GAUGAUCAUCAGUGUCCCCUUGGACUCUGGAGCGCCUGCAGCCUGCUUACCAUCUAGCCAUGUCGACCUCUGCGCCCGGCUUCUUCAAGAGUGAGGCUUUCGCUGCUGCCUUGUAUUACGACACCGAGAAAGGCCCCCGAACCGUUGGUGGGAAGGAAAUCCUGCCCGGCGCCGUCGACCCCGUCACGGUUCGCCUGCUCAGCCAUCUCGCAACCGAUUCCAGCCCAACGUUUGGCUUCCGUCUCUCGUUUGUGACAAGCGACGAUCCGGGCUUCGGACAUCGCCACCGCUCCAGCGACGGCGCCGUGACCCGAGACUAUUCCAUCCGCGUCAGGUUUCCUCGAGACGGCUUCAAGGUCUUCUCACGGCCACUUCCAACGGAGAUUCGCAAGCGGCUGUCACCAAACAACGGUGAAGAUGUCGGAAACGUCGACCCCCCGUUUGUUCUCGUCACCAUUCAGCUGGACCCCGGGGAGGAAGUCGGAGUUGACGGCCUUGCCAUGCCCUUUUUCAACGAAAACGAAGAGAUCACCUCGUGGCUCAACAAGGAUGCUCCGAUUGCGGGAUUCCGUUCGCUCACUUCCAUCCUCGCACAACGAGAGUUUACUUUCCUCGUUGAAAGCGCCGCCCGCAACCUCCUUGGCGCUCUGUGUCUGAUGCCACCCCCUUUCGCUUAUCCCUACACCAAAGCGUACACUUGGAACAUGCGACGCUACAAGUCGGAAAUUACCAAAAACAUGGGCCAACAAUUUGCCGGCAAGGUCAGCUUCGAGUCUGACCAUCACAUGUUGACCGCACUCUCCCAUUCACAGGCCCAGGAUGUGUUCCAGUUGGCACAAGAUGCGGGCCAGAUCUCGCGGUCGUUUUUCAAGACCUUCAUUGUGGUAGAUGGAAACGCGGACGGGCCCAACACGCUCGGCGGUAUCUAUAUUAUUCCUCUCUGUUUCAACUUCUUGUCAACCAAGUUUGGCACCUCCUGGAGUCGCCUGGCCCGCAAGGAGGACACGGCCCUUCAAAUCACCCUGUUAAACAAGGACUUUGUCACGACAUGCGACUUGUUCAGUUCCAACCUAGACCACUUCGUCCUUCGAGACACCGGAGACGAGCAACCGGGCUUCUCGCUCGAUGAUAGACUGGACGAUGAAGGGGUCAAGAAAUGCGAGCUGUGGGCGAGAUUCAUCGGCUCGGAGCCAGACCCCCUUCACCCCGACCCCGAGGGCAAGAAGUACACCAUCUCCCAGAGCAUCUCCCAGAGCCUUUUGCGGGACUUUAUGAUGGGAAACGGCUUCUGGACGUCCUGGAAGAUGAUGCAACAACUGGACGCCCAGAAUCGACCUCAAGGCCCCCAGCUCCCGGUGAAUAACCUUCUCGACACACCGCACACUUCCCUCGUCGAUGCCCUGGUCGAUUGUGCCCUACCACAGGACCGGCAGCGGUUCCGGAAGCAUCUACGUUCCGCCCCUCUCGGCAUCGUCGGCAUCCUCGGGUUUGCUGGCUCGGGCAAGACCCACUGCCUGGCCACCGUCGUUCUCACCAUGUGCGCCAACCCGAAGAUCAACAAGGUAUUUGCGUCUGCGCCGACCAACGUUGCCGUGAGUAACAUGGCAGAACGCAUUUACCAUCUCAGCUGCACCAUCGCCGGCCAGGGUGUUCAAUAUCAGGAGCCAACCCCGCAUGACUACAAGUGUCUGCUCGUCAUUCGAGCAUACAAUAUAAACGACGAGGUCACAGCCUUCGACGACCUUUGUCGCGGAAAGUACAACUCAUGGUAUGGCGGUGGCCACGAGAAGAUCACCUCCAAUGGGACGAGGUGGUCGCCGUACCUCUCGCUGGCAUGGUGGACCGCCAGACUCUUUGGCUUUACCUGCGCCGGCAUCCCACCUCCCACUAAGCGCGAUCCGUAUGCUUUGGUCUACAUGCGACACGAGAUGAGGAAGAACAAGUCACUCGCCGAGCUGGACAACUACAUCCGUCGGCAGGAACGGGGGAAGGCUCAACUCGGGAAAAAACCUGGCACCAUGCCUAAAAUCAGCCGGUCAGAGCUUUGCAAAGUCAUGACUAGCCUGGUGAUGCGUGCCGACGUCGUCUGCACCACGCCUUUCGCCUCCACCUCCGCACCUUACACCCGCUUCAAGACGGCUGCCCGGGCCGUUGCCAUGGACGAAGCCGGCGCCAUGGACCGCACAGAUGCCCUCAUCGUCUGGGGCAACACCUGCCGACCAUGCGUCAUGGCCGGGGACCCAAAACAGCUCCCACCCACCGUCAUGUCCGCCGGCGACGUAGACGCAAAAGGCUACCACCUCAACCGCUUCUCCGAGGACGGCAAGAUUUCGAUUCUGGAGUUUGCCCUGCGCUCGGGCUGGCCCAUGUACGCCCUCCAUAUCCAGCUCCGCAUGGCCAUUGGCAUGUUCGACCUUUCCCUGCACAAUGUCUACCCGGAGCUCAGGGGCCGGUUUAGCUACGGUGUCGAGACCAAUGAGGGCCACCACCCGGUCGGCCUCGCCGUGGAGGACUGGGUUUCUCGGACGUACAUGAAGCAUUCCCGGCCCGGCAGCCUCGAGCCGCUGCUCCUGCACGUCGCGGGCUCGGUUUGCGAGAAGAGCGGCACGUCGAGAUAUAACCCGGCGCAGGUGCUGGCCGCGGCUCAGCUCAUUCGGGGAUUGUUGCAGGGAACCAACGGCAGGGUGAAAGCGAGCGACUUUGCCGUGAUCACCCCUUAUCGAAGCAACCGUGCCUACGCCGCCAGCCUCUUCAAGGGGGAUCAGUAUCUGGCACAGAUCCCGGUGUACACGAUUGAUGCCAUCCAAGGCCGGGAGGCAGAUAUUGUCGUGUUUAUCAUGACGGUCAACUCCGAGACGGGUCCGGGGUUUGUAGCUGACCUCCGACGACUCAAUGUCGCGAUGACGCGGCAAAAGUCGUACCUUUUCAUUGUGGGAGAUGUUGAGACUCUGCCAAAGCAUAGUGUCAGGGGGCGAUGGGGCGUCUUUGGUGGUCAGAUGCAGGGUGUCCCUGACUUGGACUAUGCUCAGAAGCUAGAGGGGGCUCGGGUAUGGACGGGUAUCUUGAGGUAUAUGGUAGAGACUGGUCGGGUGGUGAGGAUGUGAGAUGAGAGGACUGGAGAGAGCAAUUUGUGCUACAUUAGUAUUAUUCCUAUCUUGUUCUUAUAAAUACGAGAUGCAUAAGAAUAAGAAGGAAAUGAGAAUAU